AAAUCAGUGACCAGAAUCAGAUAACUUAAAGCAAAAAAAACAAUGCUUAAAAGGUUUUUAGGAUACUUUCUCUGUGAGAUACGAGCGGUGAAUGUGGGGAUUUAUGUUGCUCAUGUGUAGCAGUCUGAAUGGGACCUCUCUGGUAGAUGAUGAUCCUAGAAAUACAGAACCAGCCUGAGCUCAUACCUGCUUUUGCAUUGUGCUGGUGGUGAUCCUUGGUAUCCAGCAAGAAGCGUGCCUUUGUGUUGGCCCCGUAAAAUGCGUCCUGAAAAGGCAGGAGUGUAGCUGCUUCAUUAAAGCCUGCUUUGCAAGGAGUGCUGCUUAGUAAUUUAAGGGGAAGCCCUUUAAAAACUGACUUCUCUCACCUCUAAGCUACUUCUUCUUUACCAGCUGCUGUUAAAUUUUGUUUUUGUUGACCUCUUCACUGAGUUCGGCUUCAUGGGCAUUCUUCCCUCUUUUUAUAGAGAACCACUUUUACAGCUCUCUGCUUUUGGUUUCCUGGCCAAGCCAAUGGCUCAGCUGGAGACAGUGUUGUCACCUGCAAGUGCCAUGCCUGCAGAAAAGCUUAAAGUUCCUGGUAUAUCAAGUUGGGGAGUGAUCAUCAAAGCCAUGCCACUGUUUUCCUUUGUCUGUGUUGUUGUGCCUGGGACUUGGGUUGGGUCACCUUGCUGUAAGUGGUAUGACCUGUUACUUCCACUAGACUUUACUUCCCACCUUCCUUCCUGAUAAGCAUGAGGAAGGAGGUGACCCAAUAUAAUCUACUUGCUGUGACCUUUUGCUUUUAGUACUUAGGCAGAUUUAAGAUGCCAGGGCAAGUAAGGCCCUUCCCCAGCCAGGCUUCAGGAAGGAUGCUCUCCAGCCAGUGUCACUGCUGCUGGAGCUAUAAAGAAACAUUUGUGCUGAAGCUCGGUACUAGCUAUUUCUUUGAAGUGCAAUCAUCCUCAGAUCUAGCAUUCUGUCACAUAGCUCAUCUCCUGAUUAGGGACAAACAGGCACACACUCUGUGGCUGACUUCAGGCAUUUUUGUGGUGAUCAUCAUCCACAGCAGUGCUUGGGAAGGUAGAUGUGAAGCAAAGCAACUGCCGCUUAACAGGAAGCACAACUCCAAGAUGUUCCAUCCUUUGGAAGGAAAAUGAUGUAACCACUUCAGGCUGUCCUCCCUGGUAGCCCUUUGUCUGAGUAUGUCCUGGCCAAAGUCUGUAGGAAAGGGAAAAAUGACAACUAAACAACAACAAAAAAGCUUUGCAGGUACUUUGGAAAAGUUCAUUAAGCAUAUUUCUUUUAAUUUGUUUAGGGCUGUAUCUACCUGGACACAUGCAAUAUUUAAAUGCAUAAUGAUUAAACGUGUUUAGAAGGUGUUCCAAAAGCUCACUCCUAAUUACCUGCAAUCGUCAAGCUGCCCUCCUCUUAGCCCCACCUCAGCCAUGGAGAACAAGGCUGGCUGCGCUCCGUGCCUUCCAGUCUCUGAACCCACACAGCCAGAGGUGGCUGGGAAAAUACAGCAUAAAGAUAAGACCUAUGGGAGCAAGCAGGAACGUUUUGAUCAAAUCUGAAUGCAUUUCUUGUCAGAAGUGAUUUAUUAAGUUGGCUGAUGUCCUCUGCCCUGUUGUUAUGUAUUGACCCAGGUAGACAUGGUGUCAUUUGUGCAACAAGGAAUCCGUGGCCUGUAGUGUGCCAUGUAAUUAGUCCUGAAAUUUUUCAUCUAUGUGCUCAGUGGGAAGAGUUCACAGGAUUAAUGCUGAGUGACACUGAAGACAUCUGCAGGUAAUUCUGCUCCGGAAUCUCUCUGUGGAAGUGGGAUGAGGUUGGGCAGAUCUAUCAGUGAGAUGUUGGUUUGCAUACAGACAUAUGUUUACCCACACUGAGGAGACCUCCAGGCAUUGAUUUUUUUGUGUGUAUGUGUGUAUAUGUACACACACACACAUACACACAUAAAUGGAAUGUAUUUUUAAACUAGGAUGGGAUAAGUGAGUUCUGAGGCAUUCACCUCUGUUUAAAGUCCCUUCUUCAUGUGCCUGUUGAUUUGGUUAUGCAGAUUGAGGCAGGAAGGCAGAUAACAAUAAACCACAUAUCCAGCACAACUGGGUAAAUCAUUAACACGAGGUCUGAGUGCCUGCAAACACCGCUAGAGAGGUUCUUCUCCCCUAAAAUUCCCCUCUUCCAGGAGGUAAGAAGCAAAGUGAUCUGCAGGUCUUUGUUUAGCAUGGGUUUUGUUGCUGGCGUGCAUUCUGUUCUGGUUGGGAAAGCAACAGAGUCCAGUGGGUUGGGAACAGGAGGGAACCUCCUUCCCUGUGCCAAGGCACACAGGCCUUACUUCAAACUGGAUCAGGAAGGUAAGGCAGAGGGGGAAAGCCAAGCUUUCAGUGGAAUUCACUUACGUUUUGCUGUUGUGAUGGAAGAACUAUAGGUAAGUAACAUUUGUAUGUUGUAUGAAAAACCAAGAAAUGUUCUGCAGCAGCUUGGGCGGAUGGGGAAAUCAGUGUCCUACCUCUGUUUGUUGAAGCAACUGGAGGCCAGGAAGGGUUUUUGCAGCAAACAGCGAUAAAGAUGCGUAGCUGUCACACAGCAGUGAGUGCAGUGCGUCCUUGUGGGCUGCUGCUGUCUGGGUAGCAGGGAGCAGUUCUCAGAUCUCCCGGCCGGGCUGCUCACCACGAGGCUUCGCUCCUCGGGCAGCAGCAGCCACGGAGCACCCGCUGCGUCCCAUCACCUUUUGCCACAGCAGCAUUACUCAGCUGCCCACAAGUACUGUGACUCAGUAGAAAAGCUUAAUUUUAAAUGAGUUAAUGGCUGAUGGGCUGAUUUGAUUGGUGGCUUUGUUUCCUAGAAUCCAGGUGGAUUGAAUCUGCCGGUUUGAGCUGUCUGGGUGCUGCGCCUUGCCAUGCUUUAAUCCACACCAGGGUUUGCAGGCAUUUAAGGAAGGGCUUUCUCCAGUGUUUUGAUACUUCUUAUCUGUUUGUCCUGUCUGAAUGUGCGUUAAAUUCUAUCAGUGACAUUUCCAAUAAGCUUCUUUUGUUCAAAUAAUUUGUACUGUAGGUAACACAAAAACAUGUUAUAGGAAGAAGAAUAAAAGUAGCUUCAUUUUCCGUGUUUGUGGCUGUUAGGAUGAAAGAAAAAGGUCUUAGUUCAGAAAGGACUUAAACUGUUCCAGCUACCCAUGUCCAAAAGCAUACAAGGCUGAAGCUGUGCAGCCCUGAGCCAGAAUCAGUGUUUUAGCUUGCCCUCAUCAAGUUGUGCUCUUUGAGAUGCUGAGCUCUCAGCCAGGCCUCCUUAGGUGACUGACCUGCCUGCUUUCCACUUCUCUCCUGGAAGCGUGUGCUACUAAGACUCCGAGAGCCCAGCUUCGUGGCUGGGUGCCCUGCACAGUCUGUGCUCUGCAUCCCCGCAGAGGUUCAGAACAACUCUGGCCAUGUAGGAAAGUGCCCUCCUUGCUUGGCUGACUUUACAGUGGCUGUGCACUGUCCUGUAAAGCCUCGCAUUUUAAAGCUGCUCCGCUGUGCGAAGAGAGAAUUCAGGGUUUGUUAUGUACACCUAAUACUGGGGCACGUGGAGGAGAUGAGCUCAAACCUUCGAGUGGUCAGUGGGACCUGGAGCCCUGCAUCCCGCUUCUGUCAGAUUCUCCUGCAGCUGAGUGAGGGGCUGGCUGUCCUGCAAGCUGCUUCUCCAGUACCUCUGUGCCUUUCUCCUUGGAUGUUGUAGGGAUAAGAGGUGCUGUCUGGGACUUCAGCUGCUUUACAUGAGCUGUGGCAGGAGAGCAGCAGUCCUCUGGAUAGCUGGAAGCGAUGCUCAGCUGUCCUGGACACAAGACCUGAAGGACAAAGAGAGGGAAGAGAGCCCAGUUUCAGCUAUCGAGUUGUAGGUACAGGAGAGCACUGGAGAGCAGAUCAGCUGCUCCUCGUGCACUUGCUGUAGGGCUGUAGAUGGCAUUUUCCAGGAAAAAUGGCCUGAUGGAGUGCUCCGUUGUCACCAGCUGCUCUCUGCAGCUGCCUGCAUGGCAGGGAAGGGGGGGAAUGACUCCAGUUAAAAAUAGAAAGGGAGAUUAGGAAACUCAAGGUACGGUUUCGACACGCAGCUGAGCUGCUCUGAUGACUCGCUGCCGCCACCGAAAGGGGAAGGACUUGCUUGUGCUUGUGUGACUGCGCAGCUGGUUUGGCUGCCUCACCCAGCAGAAAGCCCAGCCAGGAAAAUAGGAGUUUUCCACCAUGCGGUCACACCGGAGAGAAGGGUGGGGAUGUAGGGCCGGAGGGGAGGGGAUCUGAGUGCCGGCAAGUAGAUAGUUGAACUCCUCUGGAGCAGGUAAUCUGAGGUGUGCAGAGCUGCAUUCAGGAAGAAGAAUGCCAACAUGAAUAUGAAGUGAACCGUUUGCUGCGCUUGCCACAGCACCUGGGUGCUCACAUCAAAUGGUUAGAGACAGGGACUUGUCUCUUGCCAAACUGCUUCCUCGGACAAGAUGAAGCCAAGGAGGAGCCUUCUGGUGUGCUGGAGCCACAGUGACUGCUGCCCACUUUAAAAUCGAUGUAAGACUGUGCCCCGGCUGCCUGGCAGGAUGAAAGAAGUGGUGUCGUGGUCGCCUGAGGAGGUGACAAAUUGGCUAAUGGAAAAUGCUGUGCCGGAGUACUGUGAGCCAUUGAAAAGCUUCACCGGGCAGGAUUUGAUCAACCUGACGGAGGAGGAUUUCAAGAAGACGCCUCUCUCCCGAGUGUCGUCCGACAGCGGCCAGCAGCUAUUGCACAUGAUCGAGACUUUAAAAAUGGCUCAUCACAUAGAGGCUCACAAAAAUGGGCAUGUCAACGGGCACAUCCGUGUCAGCGUUAACAACACCGCACAUGAAAAUGGCUUUAGCAGUAAAACAAAGCUGAACGGAGUGCCAAAUGGUUAUAAGAAGGAGAUGAUAAAGAUCCCCAUGCCAGAGCCAGAGCGCUUGCAGUAUCCCAUGGAAUGGGGCAAAACUUUCCUGGCUUUUAUUUAUGCACUUUUUUGUUUCAUCUUUACCACAGUGACUAUCUCAGUUGUUCACGAACGAGUGCCUCCCAAGGAGGUGCAGCCUCCCCUACCAGAUGCAUUUUUUGAUCGCUUUGAUCGAGUGCAAUGGGCCUUUUCUAUUUGUGAAAUUAACGGCAUGAUCCUUGUGGGACUGUGGUUUGUUCAGUGGCUGCUGUUAAAAUACAAGUCUAUAAUUAGCAGAAGAUUUUUCUGUAUAGUUGGCACACUAUACCUGUAUCGGUGUAUUACAAUGUAUGUAACUACACUCCCAGUACCUGGCAUGCAUUUCAAGUGUUCUCCAAAGCUUUUUGGAGACUGGGAAUCUCACCUGCGAAGGAUAAUGAAGCUGAUAGCUGGCGGAGGAUUGUCCAUCACAGGAUCCCACAACAUGUGCGGCGACUAUCUGUACAGCGGGCACACCGUCAUACUAACUCUCACAUACUUAUUUAUCAAAGAGUAUUCCCCACGGCGACUCUGGUGGUAUCACUGGCUUUGCUGGACACUCAGCAUGGCUGGGAUGUUCUGCAUCCUCCUUGCUCAUGACCACUACACUGUGGACGUGGUGGUGGCUUACUACAUCACUACAAGACUUUUCUGGUGGUAUCACACAAUGGCCAACCAGCAAGUGCUAAAAGAAGCUUCCCAAACCAACCUCCUCGCAAGGGUCUGGUGGUACAAGCCUUUCCAGUACUUUGAAAAGAAUGUCCAAGGAAUCGUACCUCGCUCCUACCACUGGCCCUUCCCCUGGCCGGUGCUGCACCGGGGCAGGCAGGUGAAAUACAGCCGGCUGGUGAAUGACACAUAACAGCGUGUUGGUGGACAGAGGGGGAAAGGGCCUGUCCCAAGUGCUAAGAACUCCAUGCAAGAAGAUGCCAUAAAAAAACAACAAAACAACCCCAACCCCUCCCUAACCCUUUCUUUUAACAGCUCCCUUGACUUAACCUAUUCAGUUACCUGGUAAGCACUGUGAUCUUUUUUUUCUCUCCAAAGGAUCUGCGUUGGACAACAAUAAAGAGAAUUUAACUUAUCACGCACUGUUAUACAUUUCUUGUUAAUAGAUUUGGGAUUUACAUUACCCAUCACCAUGUUCCUUUGUAUAUGAUGCGACAGCAUAAAUGAAAGCUUUUAUACCAUAAGUUCUGGUCUUUCCAGUCACGUCUGGGAAUAAUGCGUAUUAUUUUCUUGGGAAAACAUACUUUUCAUAUCUCUUGCCCCAAAGAUUGGGCUGUAAGCCAUUUUCUAGCUAAUGACUCUAUGAAGGUUUCUGAAUACCUGCCUCGGGUAAAUCGAGAAAUCUUUCUACCUGUUGCACCGCGAUACAAACGAGAUGAUAGACACAGGAAGGUUUGGUAAUCUUGAUUUUGUAGAAUCUGCAGUGACUGUGUCAAAAAGUGCAAAAAAAAAAAAAAAAAAAGAAAAAAAAGUUGUAAAGUGAUUUUCUAAGUAUUUCCUAACUUUAUUUUUCAAAAUGUGUAUGAAAAUUAAAUUUAAAAAGAUUUUUACAUGUCAGAGAAUAGAGUUAAAAUUUAAAGAAAAUGCUUCUUGGGAGAGAGAGAUUUGUCUAUGUUUCUAGUGCCUUUCUUGUCUUGAUUGUAUGGUCAGUAGGCAGUCUUAAAUGUUUUUAUUUAAAAUAAAGUAUUCCAUGAAAGCAGAAUUAUAUAUACUGUAUAAUUACUAAUUUUUGCAUUUAUAACUAAAUUAAACUGGAAAUUUGCUUAUAAUGUUGAAAUUGCCAUGGGUAGGGACAAACCAAAUAGGAAGGGUCAGAUCUUGUUCACACAUUGUGAGCAGAUCAUACUAAAAGAAAUCACUUUAUUGUCUACUUGGUAGCUGUGUUUUAAUAAGAAAAAACAGCCAUGAAUUCCUGUUUUUUAAGAAUUUUACAAAUGAUCACUGAGUGAACUACAAAUGGUUUCUCCAUCCCAUAUUGAGCUGUUGUUGGAAAAACAACAAAGAUAAUCUAUUUCUUUAAAAUAUUUGUGCAGAAACUGCAUGUAACUAUAAGUUUCACUCCUACCAUACAUACUGUAUGUCUGGGGAAGUAUUCUAUCCUAAACUUGCCAAUGUGCAGAACAAAAUAGUUUUUUUAAAGAAUGAAGAAGAGAAAAAAAAAUAUAUGAAUAUAUAUAUAUAUAUACAUUCUGUAUUUUACGUGAAGCAGAGUUAUCUUCUGUAGGGUUUUUGUGUAUUCACAAGGUGAUAUUUGUAUUGUAAAACAACAAUGGUGAAGGAAAAUAAAAAGGCUUUUGAAAAAUGUAGUUUCCUUUAUGUUUUUAGUAUUAAUCUUAAAUUUUAAGCUAGGUUUAAUCUUCCCGACCUUGCCUUUGAUUUUACUUGUAAUUGCACUGUAGGCCAUCAAAUUGUAUGGAAACUGCAUUGCUGUUGAAUUGCUGUUCACCUUUGGCAAACCAGUGCCUUAAAUGAAAUAAAUACUAUGCAAUACAUACUGACCAUGUGGGAGCUGGGGGCGGAUCUGAGAAGCCCUCCUUGGAACCAUCCCCAGGCCUUGAAAAAUCUACCCCAAAAGUGCUGUGGCGGAGCGCGUGGCAGGGCAGGCAGCUCUGGCAGCCCCAGGAGCUGCCCCAAAUGUCCCACUGUUGUGAGUACUUGAUGGUGACAGUAUCGCUUUUUGUUUCUUCUGUUUUAGCGUAGGGUUUUUGGUAGUGGUGGUGAUGGUAGUGUUUUAGCUUUACUUCUCCGCCCUCUUUCUCAACCUCCUUGAGGAAUCAUUCCUGUGUUACUUCUGCUGCUUUGCCUCGCCGUUGCCUGGGAUGCUGAGCAAGAUGAGCCCGUUCCUUAACAGCUCUCCCUGGAAGGGAGAGGAUUUCUUCCUACUCCACGUUUCUUGGCAAAAGCCCUUUGGAGCAGUAUUUGCAGAGCCAUCUGCAAGUUUUAGGGAUCAGCUCUGCGUGCUUUGCCUUGAGUUCACAGUAAUUGUCUUUGCAAGUGUGCGGUUGAAAGCUGAUUUUAAAACAGCAAAUCCAUCCCGAGGCGAUUGCUUGAGAGAAUUCACGCUCCCAGAUGUAAAAGAAUAAGUAGAUUUUUCAAGACCUGGCAUCACGCACAUCAAAACCAUUGACAUAAGUAAUGUAUGGAUAUAUGCACAUGACAUUAAAUGGAAUCUGCUGAAUUCUGCAUUGUAGUGUCUGACUUACUGCAUGGGUCUUGCUGAACGUGGUUUCGUUUUGUUUGUUCACGGCAGAGCUGUGCUUUGGUAAAGCAUGCUGUGCUGUCCUGAGAAAUAGUGGGGCAGGCAGGGAGGCCGAGCCCAGCAAUGGCACACUGAGUUCUGCAUUUCCCCCAGGAUACUCAGGUAUGGUAUGUGCACCCACUUCUUCUGCAUUUGUUUCCUGUGAGGGGCAUCUGUAAGGGCACUUACAAAUAAUGAGAAGUUUUGAGGCACAACUGUUUUUUCGGGGUAAAACAUAGCAUGUCCAGGGCAGGCUGGAAUUCGAAGGAGGCAUCUCCAGGAGUACAAGUUGGAAAAAAAGGGGCUCAGAACUGAGAUGGACCCUGCAGGUGUUGGUGUCUGGGAGAAGAACUGAGGUCUUUCCCUGGGAGUGGAUGUGGAUGAAUCCCUGUGUUGCUGCACACCACUGUGGCUUUGUUUUUAGCCCUUUCAGGUGGGGAAGGUUUCAGGACUCUUAAAGUACAAGGAGGGGAGGUUCUUGAGCACAAGCCAAGCAAAGGCAACAGAAGCUUUGCUUUUUGAUACUCUCUGCAAAGAACACAGAGGUGGUGAAGCCUUUGCAUGGUGCCUCCUGGUGUUGCCAGGAACACACGCUGCAGAAAAUGGAUUCUUGCACCAGCCCAGUGUUUUGGCUGCACCUUUGUUUUUCUCCAAACCAUAGUUCAUCUGUGCUCUGAGUGUCUUGCUGACAUCACGAUGUUCUGCAGCAGGAGGUGCUUUUUGCUGCCACUUUGUGAAAUUUGCUUGCAGGGGGUUUCCAGCAGCAUCCCCAGCCCUGCUGGUUGCCAUCAUGGCAGGCAGCUGGAGCGUAGGCAUGGAUGCGAGUAGAGCAGCCCAUCUUAGUCACUUUCUUCUCAAUUAUUGUCCAGAAAAUGUCAGCUGGCGUUAGCUUGGGAAAGCCCUCCCCAUUUCUGUUUUGUCAUUUUCCCAUCUCUGGGCCCAGUGAGCAGGAAGAGAUUCCCAAGAAGCGUUUCCUGGUCUUGUACAUCCAAAUGUGACCAGACGCCAAGUUGGUGAAGGCCUCCAGGGGGAGGGGAUGAGCCUGGGGCAGUGCGCUUCAUCCAGGAGAGCGUGGGCUGAAGCCUAAAUUUGCUGCAUGGUUUCUUCUGAUGUCUCCUAAGCACAGAAAGCAUUGCUGGCUGGCCUGAGGCCCCAGCCUCCACUUCUGCCAACCUCCACCAGUCCUGCAGCUGCAGGGGUGCAUCUCCAUUCCCAAACAUUGCAAACAGUCCUGAGGCCCAAGGGUGUCUCCCUUGCAGCAAUUUGUGAUGCUUUGGGUUACUUCUGCGGACCUUUGAGGUGCUGUUUCAAAGCUUUGUGUGCGUUACCAUCAUUGCCCAUCUGACACGGUCAGAUGGUUUAAGUUAAUUUUGGC